AUGCUUAUUAUUUGUUGUACAGAAUAUGAGGAUACAGUAAUAAGUUAUCGUGAAGAAGAAAUUACACCACGAGACGCUCGAGUUGAGUUAGAAACUCUUAUUGGUAACCGAAAAAUUAAGGUAAUGGUUGAGGAUAUAGAAGAAAAAAUAAAAUCAAUGGAUAUCGAUUCUGACAAGAAAGAUUUAUUAAAUGAUUAUUUGUUUAGUGUAAGCGACGAUAAUCUUACCAUAGCAUCAUGGGCAAGUCAUCUUACAUCAUAUCCUACUAAUAUUUUACUUACUGGUAACACGUUAAAUUGUUUCUACGUUCCGCUUUUCAAGGAUCCAUUAAUAAAAAAUGUCAAGGAAUUUCCUCUAUGGACCAAAGUUUGUAUUCCAUCUAAUAAGUUGCGACCUUCAUCUUCUUACAUAGAAGAAGAUUUCAAAGACUUAAAAAAAGUCUUAGCAAAACAAAUUACUCUUCCAGCAAGGAUCGAUAUUUUUGUAAAAGUUCAUCUGAAAUAUUUACUGGGUGAUAAUAACAUUGAUGAUUGUACCAUGUCAAUCGAGGAUUCAAAUCUUCAUAAUGAAAAGUUUGAAGAAGGCGUACAAAAUGAUGAAGAAUUCCAAGACAGCUUACAAAAUGAAAAUUGGCGAGGAUUAGGAAAUGAUCUAAAACACGCAAAGAACGACUGGGCAAACUACGAUAAUAAUGAUAAUCAAAAUGAUUCUGAUGAGAAUUCAAAAGCCGAUGGUACUGAGAGUGAAAAAUUACAUUCAGUUUUAGAAAUUGAUGAGGAUGAAAUUGAAAUAAAUUUAAAUAAUGCUAUUGACAAAGUUAGUAGGAAAAUUAAAAAAGAAGAUUACCCGGAGAUAAAAUUAAUAAACGAUUUGAUUAAAUUAAAAAAGAAUAAAGAAAAUAUUCCAACCAUACAGAAAAAAGGAAAACACAAAGAAACUUAUUUAUUGAUAAAUGGAAAUAAAAGAGGACCAGUUCUUUACCAGGGGAUACACUAUAUUGCUUAUAAUACUUGUCCUUUGGACAGUAUUAUACAAAUACUUUAUAAUGGAGCACUCGAGAAUCAAAGUUUUACAGAUUAUUUAAGUAGCUCCAAAAAUCCAGCUUUUCUACUUACCAUGAACUUAUUGAAAAAAGGCGUUAAUAAUAAUCCAAAAAUUUAUGAGGAGCGCUUUUCCAUUCUUCAUCAAUUUUAUAAAGCAUUAGAACCAUCGCAAAAAGAACAAGGGGCUGAAGAAAAAAAUAAUAAAACAACUACAGUAUCUCGAGUAAUCGAUUGUGAAGAUAACGUAACCAGCUUAACUGAGUGUCCGAAGACAAAUUCUAAUUAA